UUGAGUUUUAGGAAAGCGGAGAGUAGAGAGUAGAGGAGGGAAAGAAAAAAAAACAUAGAUUUGUUAUUUUGUAAUAAUAAAAUAAAAUUUCAAUAAUAUUUUCUUCUCUUCUUCUUCUAAUUUGGGUCGUAGGAAACUAUCAAAAGAGUCAAAGAAACUAAGAGCUGAAGUAACCCUAAUUGAAUCGAAAUCGCUUAACCCUAAAUUGGGAAAUCAGAUCUCCAAGCAAAAUUGGCGCUUCUAUGGAAAAGGGUGCAGGCUUAGAGGGGUUAUCAGAGAUGGAUGAUCUGGCAACCACAUUCGCAAAGUUGAAUAGAGUUGUGAGUGGACCAAGGCAUCCAGGAGUUAUUGGUGAUAGAGGAUCUGGAUCUUUUUCAAGAGAAAGUUCAUCUGCCACUGAUCGGGCACAAGAUGAAGAACUUGCCAAUUGGCUAGAUCAGCAAAUGUUUGAUAAUGAAAAUGGUCAGGAAGGAAAGAGAUGGUCAUCGCAACCUCAACCUUCAUCUGCCCGAUAUUCUGAAUCGAAACCAUUGCACAGGACUUCCUCGUAUCCUCAGGAGCAACCUCAGCUGCAACGGUAUUCAAGUGAACCAAUUCUUGUACCUAAAUCAAAUUUCACAUCUUUCCCUCCUCCUGGGGGCAUAAAUCAACAGAUCUCAGCAGAUUUUGUCAAUAGUCUUUAUCUUGAUAGGGGACCUCAGACCUUCUCUUCUUCAAAUCUUUCUCCUUUGUCCAACUCUAAUCUUCACCUUGCGGGGAUACAUCACCGUGGAAAUAUGUCGUCUUCUGGCCUCCCUUUUAGUAACAGGCCACUACAUCAUUGGGUUAACAACGCUGGCCUAUUACAAGUAGAUCAGUCUAGUCUCCUGCAGAGUAUAUUGCAGCAUCAAUUAUCCCAUAAAAAUGGCUUAUUGUCUACACAGCUGAUGUCAACUGAAAAGCAGAGAAUGCAUACUCCAGUCCAACCAUCUUUGGCUCAUUUUGCAGCUAUGCAGUCUCAUCUUUAUAAUUCUCAUCCUUCAUCGGCACACAAAAUGAUGCUUGGUUUAUCGGAUAUUAGGGAUCAAAAACACAAAUCAUCCCAUAAAGGCAGACAUUCUGCACGUCUCUCUAAACAAGGCUCGGAUGCAAGCAGUCAGAAAAGUGAUAGUGGGUGGUUGCAAUUUAGAUCCAAGUACAUGACAGCAGAAGAGAUAGAAAGUAUUCUGAAAAUACAGCACGUUGCCACGCAUAGCAACGACCCAUAUAUAGAUGAUUAUUACCACCAAGCUCGUCUUGCUAAAACAUCUACUGGAUCAAGAAUAAAAAAUCCCUUCUGCCCAUCUCACAUGAAGGAGCUCCCUUCUCGAGGUCGUAAUAGCACAGACCUCCAGUCUCAUCUCCAUGUUAAUAACGCUCCAGGAAAGUCUCCCCUCUCUUGCAUACGCAGGCUAAAGCCUCUUCUUGAUGUGGAUCCUCCACCUGGAUCUGGUGAUGGGAACUCUGAAAAGAUAACUGAAAGGACUUUGGAACAGGAACCUAUGCUUGCAGCCAGAAUCACUGUUGAAGAUAGCCUAUACCUUCUGCUUGAGGUGGAUGAUAUUGAUCGAUUUCUACGGUUUAAUCAGCUACAAGAGGGAGGUGCUCAGCUCAGGCGUAAGCGCCAGACACUGUUGGAAGGACUAGCAGCAUCCCUUCAGAUUGUUGAUCCUCUCGGCCAAACUGGUAAAACAGCUGGCAUGUCCUCUAAGGAUGAUAUUGUGUUCCUGAGGAUAGUUUCGCUUCCCAAGGGUCGAAAGCUUAUCUCUAGGUUCCUUCAGCUUCUUUUCCCGGGUAGUGAACUCACCCGAAUUGUAUGCAUGGCAGUAUUCCGUCACUUGAGGUUUCUGUUUGGCGGCAUUUGUUCAGAUUCAGGUGCAGCUGAAACAAGUGCGAAUCUUGUGAAGACGGUGUGUGGAUGUGUGAACAGCAUGGAUCUGCAUGCACUGGGGGCUUGCCUUGUUGCAGUUGUGUGUUCUUCAGAACAGCCUCCAUUUAGGCCUCUGGGCAGUGCUUCUGGGGAUGGGGCGUCUGUUGUUUUGAAGAGUCUUCUUGAGAGGGCGAGUAAAGUGUUGAAUGACCCAAAGGGUGGGGUGGCCAAUUAUGGGCUUUGGCAGGCAUCGUUUGAUGAAUUUUUUGAACUUCUGACAAAGUAUUGCCUGAUUAAGUACGAGUCAAUACUAGAAUCAGUGUAUGCAACGGGUACAGAAGGUUUUGAUGCAGAGGUGCGGGCAGCUACGAAAUGUGAGAUGCCUGUGGAGCUCUUACGGGCAUGCCUUCCUCAUACAAAUGAAGGGCAGAUGGAGCUCUUACGACAAUUUGGGCAGCAAAGAACUUCUAUUACAGGGUUUAAAGUAGCCACAUGAACUCACAUGGAUCCAACGCCAGAUAUCUGUUUACUUUUGUAGCGUUGGAAGCAAGGACAAGUAUUUUGGCUGGAGGGAAUGUACAGUACAGUACAGUACAGGGACAGGUAUCUAAUUGAAUUGAAGGUAAGAUGUACUGUUAUAAUAAAGCAGAAAAACAAACUUGUUGGGGUAUCGGAUUCAUCAUCUUUAAUUAAUUAUAUAAUCUUUUCUACUUAGUGUAUGUAUCUUAUGGAAUUUUCUGUAUUUUGUUAUUUAGUGAAGGUAUUCGGUUAAGCUCAA